CCUGCCCCUGCGGUUCUGGGUGAACGUGAUCAAGAACCCGCAGUUCGUGUUCGACGUGCACAAGAGCAGCAUCACGGACGCGUGUCUCUCCGUGGUGGCCCAGACGUUCAUGGACUCGUGUUCCACGUCGCCCCAGCGCCUGGGCAAGGACUCGCCCUCCACCAAACUGCUCUAUGCCAAGGACCUGCCCGGCUACCGCGGCUGGGUGGAGCGGUACUACCGGGACAUCGCCAGGAUGGCGCCCAUCAGCGACCAGGACAUGGACGCCUACCUCGGGGAGCAGUCGCGGCUCCACGCCGGGGAGUUCAACACACUGGGGGCGCUGGGCGAGCUCUACCAGUACGUGGGGCGCUACCGCCAGGAG